AUGGUUCCAAGCCUUUUAAGCAAUAAUAAUAAUAGUCAAGAGCUAGUGACAGAAGAAAGUCCUUUGCUUGUCGAAGAUGAUCAUUCUCCACAAUCACCACCAUCAACUACACCAGAUAAAAAAUUUUCCUUGACCUAUAUAAUAGAUUCUUUAAGAAAACCUCAUGCUUUAUGGAUGUUACCUUUUAGUUUUAUAUUGUCUGUCAUCAUUAGUUCAACAAUCGCGCCUUUAGAAUACUACGAUACAAAUAAUUCAACAAUAACUAUAAAUAAUGGUGAUGAUGAUCCCGAUGUACGUAAUUGUCGCAUACAUGAAGUUCAGUCUAUGGCUUCAACUUAUUUAAUGAUCUAUCAAAUGUCUUUAUUCAUUGCAGAUUAUAAAGGACGUAUUUUCAUAUUUCGUAUAUCAAUAUUUGGUACAAUAUUUGCAUUUUUAAUAAUUAUAUUAGUUGGAAAUUAUUGGAGAAUAAUUGGUAUAAAACUUAUGUUUAUCGGUGCAAUUGUUGAAGGAUUGUGUGGUGGUAUAAUAGCUAUAAAUACUGCUUGUCAUGCUUACACUAGUGAUUGUAUAUCUCCUGAGAAUAGGAGUCUUUCAUUUGGAUUAAUGAAUGCUUUGGCUUUUGGUGGUAUGACAGUUGGACCUACAUUGGGUGGAUUAAUUAUUAAGUCACUAUCAUCAGAAUCUCGUAGAAACAAUCAACAAGGACAAGGACAACAUCAUUAUCAUCAAAAUUCUUUAUUAUCAAUUGGUCGUAUGGCUUUAUAUGUUCUUGGUAUAAUAUAUUUCAUAUAUAGAUUAUCACAAGCAGGCCAAAAUGAAAUAAUUGCGCUCUACACAACAUAUAAAUUUCAUUGGACACCUUUGGAAAAUGGAUUUUUCUAUUCAUUACAAUCUUUUACACGUUUCAUUGCAUUAUUGGUUUUUUUACCAUUAUGUAAAUUCAUCAAUUCGAAAUUCAUUUCUUCACACUAUAACAAUAACAACAUUGAUAAUAAUACAACCAAUUUAGAUCUUUGGUUAAUGAGAUUUGGACUAGUAAUGGAAUCUAUUGGUUUCAUGGUAUUUGCUUUAGCAGACCUACCAGAAAUAUUUUAUUUGGGAUGUAUUUUUACAUCAGUCUCGACCAUAAUUUCUCCAACAAUAAGAAGUAUAUGUAUAUCGUUUGUCUCUCCAACAAAGACUGGCCAGAUUUUAGGUGGAUUAAGUCUUCUUGAAGGAAUUGGUAGUAUAUUAAGUCCUUUAUGGAUGAAUUCUUUGUAUAGUUGGUCGGUGAAAAAUGAAUUCCCAGAAAUUGUGUUUUGGUCGAAUUCUGGAUUAUUUAUUGUGGCUGCUUUUUUAGGAUUAUUAGUUUGGCAAUAUUCUUGUUCAUUAACAAUUCACAAUGUUCCAUUUGUGCCAUUCUCAAAUCUUGCAGGCUAUACAAUGUCAUGA